AGAAGUGCAGUUUAAUGUCCUUAAUUCUCAAAGUGGGAAGAAAUAUUUUUUGCUGAAUUUUAAUAGUAGAUCCAACUUUGUUGUGGGUAAAAAACAAUCCCGCUACCUAUUGACAGAACAAACCUUUAUGGAUUACACUCUGAACCAAAUCACCAUGGCUUUCAUCAUUGCUUUUGCUGCCUUUCUGUACUAUGUCCUCAACUUUCAGUGAUGAGAAGCAUGUCAGUGAGUGAAGGAGGGGGACAGACAAGUGUUCUGUCAGCCCGAGAAACUUUUGAAACGCUAAUGGAGAUAUCCCGCCUGCUGAACACUGGUCUGGACGAGACGACCCUGGCGCUGUGUGUAAGGCUGUGCGAGAGCGGCGCCAACCCUGAAGCUCUCGCCAAAGUCAUCACGGAGCUGCAGCGCGUACGGCGAGAGCGGCUCCAGCAGCAGCAGCAGCACGGCCAUCUCUGACUCCUGUCUGUCCUUGGCAUAUACUAGUUCCUUGCCUGUCAUUGCCUCAGGUCACGCUAUGUUUGGUCUCUGUUUGGCGAACGUAAACAUACAUAAAGGAGACUUUUGUGCAUUUUCUGGCUCUUAACGCAGCGCGCUGCUUGGUCAUUGGUACAUUAUUGACUCACUGAAGUAAAGUUUUCAUUCACGUUAUAACGGUAAAUUUGUCGUUCCCUCACCGAACGGAAAUAUUAGGUUUUAUUGAAGUUAGUUUGAUGUUCCCAUGUAUUGAUUACUACGGGCAGUUCUUUUCUUCAAAACUGCAGCUAUUAGUAAUUUGAAACCAAUGUAUAACUUUUGAAAAAUGACUCUAACUUAUCUCAAUCAUCUUUAGAACUUACGCUUACCAUACACAGAAAAUGUAAUCUCUCUUCAGCAGGCCGGCAUAGUCGUGGUCCUACUAGCAGCUCUAUUGACCCGCGCGGGUAGCAGCCCUGGGAUAGCUACCGUAGACCGGAGCACCUGAGAUACUAAGCUUCUAACGCGCAAACCGAUAUAUUUUGUCACGUUCGUGGCCACAUAAUUUUACAGCUCCGACUGCAUACCCGUGGCGACACCUUGGAAAAAGGCCGGGCUGCCACUGUGUGGCUACCAUUAACUACUGCAGUGGGAGGCUUUCAUGCGCCAUCAGAGCUGUCAGACGCAGCUGCAAUUGAAUCGACAGCAAAAACAACUCCUAGUCCCUGCAUAUCCUGUUGCGGUAUGCAUUUUGCUCAUUUUGUCCAUUGGUUCGUUUACUGGAAAUUCGACAUGUUUCUAGAUGGUGCGUUCAUAAAUAUUUGAGUUUCACUGUUGUGCUAAUACAAUUCUGUUUUUAUUUUGAAGUGCAGUGCAGGGGAAAUUAGUGUGGCAUUAAAACUUGCCAGUUUUAUUCAAUGGAACUAUUGAUGUCCUUGAACGGGAACAUCUGAAAUGCGCCAUUAAUAUUAUCUAUUUCAUUCCUGUUCCUGUAGUUGCUUGUAUUCCAUGUAUAAUCUCAACUACCUAUUGAAUUGAAUGUUCCUUUAUCUGUGGCGUAUUGCGACGUUCAUGUUCCAUGUUGAAAAAAGAUUAUGUUGAUCUUUCUCUCUCGUGUGAUCAGAGUUCUGUAGUCUAAAUUGAAUCUAAAUCUUUUGUGAUCAGAGUUCUGUAGUCUAAAUUGAAUGAAAAUCUGUUCUUAGAUGUAGUUCAAGUUUGAUGUUCCAAAUGCGCACACAUAUUGCCAUAGUGGUCUCGAUAGAGGUUCACGCGCGUGCAUUUGUUUGGGUUGUAUGCUGUAAUUAUGAAACAUUUGCUUAGACCUUACUGUUAAAUUGUAUAGUUUUCGGAAUGAAUUGCUGAGGAUGUAAUUUUUGACAAGAUUCUAUGCUUAAAUAAAAUAAUUUCGGUCGCCA